UCACUCUCGCUAGCUUGACUCCGCGCUGUUUCACUAAGGUAGCGGCUCGUGAAGCAGGAGCCCAGACAGGAUUAUCACCAGCAGACACCGCCGAGCGAUAUUUCUGCCUUCAAUUCGCCUCACGCACCGGACCGCACCGACCUCUCCUUUCAACCGACGGACCUUUACAUGGCAGCCGGCUGCAGCUGCAGCAUCCGUCAUCUCAGCCUCCAAACUAACGGGAUGACGGAGGGAAUCGAGCCUCCUCACGUCGGCGAGGCGACGUUCAUGGACUGCAGGAAUUCCUAUAUCCGCUGUUGCAGCGGCUUGGUGAUGUAAAGGGACUUUUCCAUCUUUCCUGGUACGUCAAAGGGCAGGGUGAGCCACAACGAAGCCCUGGCAACUUGGAGUCUUACUCGGGGGGUACUUUGGCAGAGUGGAUGGGAGGAACGCUAGACUCUAUCCUUUACCUCAAAUCAGUUGAAUGAGAAGACGCUGAACUAAUUAGAAAGAUGGCUCACUAAAGUAGAAAUAUAGAUAAUAUUUUUUUUAUAUUUGUGUAAUAAUACUGCAGCCUCCAUCAGGGUGGAACCUGGAAAAGAUUUGCAGUAUUGUGUAAAACAGAUAUACUAUCAGGUCAUUAGGGCAUCCAUAUAACCCACAGGAGACACUUUGGUCAUUCUGCCAUCGUGAUGGUGGGAGCCACCAUUACCUGGUGUCUCAGGACUACUGCGGUCUAACAGACAUUUUGGUUCCCCUGUGGGAAAGAACUGGAGCGUGGUGGUCUUCCAGCACCAUGGACUACCACGCUGAGUGCUGCCUCUGCGAUCUGGAGGAGGGUCACGGUGGCUCGGAUGAGCCACCGCUCCACAAUAUCCACGCGCCAAACCGGAUUCGCCCGUCCUCGUACCGAGCCCUGAGGAGCGCUGUGUCCAGUCUGGCCCGCAUCGACGACUUCUUCUGUGAGAAGAUAGGUUCAGGCUUCUUCUCUGAGGUCUUCAAGGUGCAGCAUCGGAUCACAGGGCAGGUGAUGGCCCUGAAAAUGAACACGCUGGCUAGCAACAAAGCUAACAUGCUACGAGAAGUGCAGCUCAUGAACAGGCUUUGCCACCCAAACAUACUCAGGUUUCUUGGGGUUUGUGUGCAUGAAGGUCAACUCCACGCUCUGACUGAGUAUAUAAACGGAGGUAACCUGGAGCAGCUGUUGGACAGCGAUCUGUACCUGUCGUGGUGCGUCAGGAUCGGUCUGUCUCUGGAUAUCGCCCGAGGGCUGCAGUACCUGCACAACAAGGGCAUAUUCCACAGAGACCUCACCUCCAAGAACUGUCUGGUUCGCUGUGAUAAUGGCAUGUUCACAGCUGUGGUGGGAGACUUCGGCCUGGCAGAGAAGAUCCCUGACUACAGUGAUGGUGUGGGGAAGCAGCCUCUGGCCAUCGUGGGCUCCCCCUAUUGGAUGGCCCCUGAAGUUCUGAGAGGAGAGCUGUAUGAUGAGAAGGUGGAUGUGUUUGCGUACGGCAUCAUCCUGUGUGAGAUCAUUGCCCGGAUUGAAGCUGAUCCUGACUUCUUACCGAGGACAGAGGACUUUGGUCUGGACGUGGAUGCAUUUGAGAACAUGGUUGGGGAUUGUCCAGCUGCGUUCUUUAGCCUUGCUGUUGCCUGCUGUAAUAUGAGUGCAGUGAGCCGUCCCUCGUUCUCUGACAUCGUCUUCACAUUUGAGGGCAUGGACAGAGAAGAAGAGAGAAAGAAGCCCAUUGCACUCGAGGCAGUGGCAGCAGACGUCAGCCCGUACCGGUGCCACAGCUCUCCUUGUCACCCGGGUGACCGCAGCCAGCAACGGCAGGGCUUAGCGAGGAGCCAAUCGGACACGUUAUCCCCGGGCACCCAGACGCCUCUUCUCCUCGGGACCCCUGUGCGGGUCAACCCCUUCUCUCUCAGACAGGACCUGAAUGGGGGGCGGUGUAAACUCUUAGACACACCUAGCAAGUCCGUCAUCUCCCUGACAUUUACCCUCCCGGCGCUUCGCGACCCUUGCUCCUCCCCCCACCUUCUCCGAGGGAUGCCAGGGACGCGAGCGCUGCCGAGGAGGUGCCAGUCGCUCCCCUGUACUCCAGAGCUCAGCUGGACUGUAGCCUUGCCAAGAGACCCGGAGGGGAAGGAGGAGGAAAAGGAUGAAGAAGACAACAGAAUAACUGCCAAGAGAGAGUUGUUAACGGAGGAGGAUGGGAUGGAAGAGGAUUCAUGUCUUUCUGUGGAGCUGGAGAUGGUGUCUCUGGAGCGGUUAGAGGAAGAGGAGGAAGAGGAGGCACAUCUAACAGAACCCAUGGACUGUACCAAGUCUCCUGAGCCAGCAGAGAGAGUCAUUGACUCCUCACCUGGAAGACCCCUGCUCACCUCCACUUGCUCCUCCUCCUUACAGACCAAUGGCUGGCGACUCCCCAUCUCCAACGGACCGCGCACAUUGCCUGCUCUGCCACGACUGGACAACAACAACGGCUCAGCCCUUGUGAUUGGUCAGCAGGUGCGGUGGGGUGGAGGAGAGCGUGCGAAUGGUUACAGCGGCUCCCAGCUCCAGUCCUCUGGCCCUAGCGGCACCUCUGAGCAGGAUGAGGUCAUUUCCUGUCCAGGCUGCUGUCUGGUGGGUCUGAGUUUCCCCUUUGUGUGCCUCCGGGGUUCAACUGCUGUGCCCGCCCCCCACCAAAGGGCUUCGUUACCACGGCGACUCUACCAGAACCUCAACGGUACCAUAACCGGUGGCAGCGCUUCCUCGUCAACCACAGCCGCCCCAGCAACCAAAGCUCUACUGUGUCGAAGCACAAAUGGACUCGUAGUGGGUGGGCCCUCGGUGCCAUGUGAGCCUGGCCGGUCCCUGCCGGAGGCCCAGAGAUAAGCCUGCUGACGGGGGAUGCACCAGCACUACAUUUUAGAGGACAAACUUAGUAACACUAAGGGCACUUUCACACCUGUAGUUCGGUAGACUCGGUGCAAUUCGGGGGUGAAGUUGCAACGUUGUUGCAUUUUUCAUUUGGUUCGGUUUGCGUUCAGACUGCACUUUGUCAGGCGCACCAAACGUUAACAAAUGUCACACGGUUGAAACGGUCGCUGGUCUAUUGGACAGAAUAUCAGAGUGACAGUGUUUUUUAAAUGGGGGUACUAGUACCCAUAGAGGUACUUUGGAGUACUGCAGAGGUAUGUGAGAUUUUUUUUAAAUGUUAAUAAAAUAUCAGUCAUGCCUAAUUCCUAAAAUAAUUAAACUAUAAUAAUGAAUUCUUUAAGUGGAACAUUCAGCAUUUGAAAUGUAGCAUUUAAGUGUUUUUUAGUUACAAGACACUGAUGGUUCAGCACUAUGUACCUCUUUAUUUAGGCCUUUUUCUACCAAAAUAGUUUGCACUGGUCAGGGGGUACUUG